CAGCAUUAAUAAAUUCACGCCACACGCAUUUUGAUUCGUCUUGGAGUCAUCUCACAGCGCACAGACGGCUAGUGAGAAAACACUGCUAAAAACACGACAAAGAGCCAUAUAUGGACAUGCAGCCGAUGCGUGCACAAGAGACGACCAUUGAUCAGUAUGAUAAAUCAAUCCGUCAUAUAAGUGCAUGAGUGGAUCAGACAGAGGGGAGCAACAAGCAUGAAGGGAUGAGGUCAGACAGAAGGUGCCACGCAUACGUCGCAUCUAACCAGACACGUCCAUCGCCUCACGAGACGGCCCUGACAUGACAAUCGGGUGAUAAGUGCUUAUCAUGCUUCUUACCGAGAGCUUUUGCCAUCAUCCGCUCGACGGCAUGGUGGCAGUUGUCCGUCUCGAAAUCGAACUUCGUCCCGCCCUCUGUUCUCAAGUCCCCCACGCUGACGCCUCUCACAGCCUGAUGCACCUCACCACGAAAGUUCCAACGGUUCUUCUUGAGCCCGAUCACACUUCUGACGAUCGUGUCGCCCUCCGUGAAGCCGUAACGCUCCCCCUUGUGGAUGAGCCAUCCCUUGUCGCCGUAUCGUAUCUCGACGUCGCUGUCGACCAGCGUGACGACAACCCCCCGAUGCUCGCACGACUCACCAGGCGAGGAGGGAUUGCACGGCGGGUUUGCAGGUCGGCUGACGAGCUGCAUUGUCUGAAUUUCGCUCGAUAGGAGAAU